AUGUAUUCGGAGGUUGGAGAGAAGAGAGAGAAGAGCACCGCGUCGCAUCUUUCGUCUCUCAGCAGCCACAAACCGGAGUGUGCGCCGGAGGAUCUCAGCAGGCUGUGGACGGAAGGCGAAGCAGCGUCUCUCUCGGCGCAUCUUCUUCCAGGGCGUCGGCGAGUUCUCCAGUGGUCCCUCCCGACUUUGCUGUCUCGCGCGUCUCGCCCGCAGUCCAUCGCCUUCGCCGCAGUUCUCGUCGACGCAUGCGCCCGGCAGCCGAUCUUCGCGGAAGACAAAGGCGAUCAUGGCGACCAGGCAGUGGGAAGGCAAGGCAGCGGUGAACGAGGCGGAGACAGCCGCGCAAACGCAGACGCCACACAAAGCGCGGAACGGCAAGAACACGCGGGCUCACAUCUAUGCCCGCGUGGCUCAGGAGACAAUGCGAAUCAGGGAACGGAUGUCUCUUCUUCCUCUUCUUCGGAAUCUCCGAAGGCGACGUGGGGCUCUUGUUCCGUGCUGAAGGAGACCGUCCAGAAGGCAGCCGCGAAGGCGCAAAUCCUCGUUGUUGCCGUUCAGCAGGUCCAACGCGGACACCGCGAACUCUGGAAAGAGUGUCUAGACUCAAUCGUCAGAGAUCUCCCUGCUCCGUCUUCCUCCUCUUCCUCCUCUUCCUCCUCUUCCUCCUCUUCCUCCUCCUCUUCCUCUUCUUCCUCCUCUUCUUCCUCCUCUUCUUCCUCCUCUUCUUCCUCCUCUUCUUCCUCGUCUUCCUCUUCUUCUUCCUCGGAAGAGGAGGCCUUUGAGGGGCUGUUUUCUGUGUUGCCUCGGCGCUUCGAGAACCAGCUUCUUCUGGUGUACAUACGCCGCUCUCUCGCCUCAGACACCUGUCUGUUGGAGACCGCAGCUGUGCAUUUGGGCGCUCGGCGUGGCCCGAGGGGAAAGCGGGACGGCGAGCGCGCAGCCAAGGUGUCUCCUGUCUCUUCGCUGUCUCCUGCGUGCAUGCACCGCGAAAGCGACAAAGACGCGAGCAGCAGGCAGGAGCCGGACGCAGGCGACUACGGCGCAGUUUUCUACGGAGGCGUGGCUGUUCGGCUGACGCUCUUCAAUUCCGUCCUGAGCUUUGCGGCUGUCGAUGUCUUCCGCGAAGAGGACGAGAGUGAAGACGAACGCCAGCGAAAUGAAGUAGAAGGGAGCGAAGGGGAGGCGAGGAAGGCCCGGAGGAGCAGAGCCCGGAGAGACAGUGAACGAAGAAAGGCGAUAAAGGCGCUGCAGUGUCAGCAACUUUGCUCCAUCCUAAACGGUUUGCACUUUAAGGUGGACAGCGGCUGGCAGCCAAGUGUCUCCUGCCUGCCGCUGCUUGUCCUCGGAGCUCCGAAUCUUCUGCCGCCUGGCCCCGGUGUCGUCCACAUCCCCACCGGCGCUUCUCCUUCCCCUAGUUCUUCUACGUCGUCGUCUUGUUCCUCCGGUUCUCAUCCGUUAACCCUAGCCUCCUCGCCCCGUUCCGAGCCAGCCGCUGCCCUGGGGUGGAGAGAAGACAGGGAAGACUCGUCGCUUUCUGCUCCUUUCUUCCUGCGAGUGAAAGCCGGCGAGAACGCAGUCGGCAAAAUGUCAUUGUGGCAGGACACGCACGCCCGAGCGGCCCUCGAAAGGGAGGGGGAAGCAGCUGGCGCUCUUCCGGCCGGUGCCCUGCACGAGGAAAGCACGAAAAAACGGGAAAGAACGUGGAAAUGCACCUGGGCGCAAGGCACGUGGGCAGUCGAGGUGGCCGACGUUGCCAUGCUGAGAAGCGCAUGCAGAAAACUCACAAACGUUCUCUUGACAGCUGCUCCUGACGAAGUCAGUCGCGUGAGCGUCGAUCCGCCUCUCCUCGACCUCCCGCCUGUUCGGCCCUACGAGCCUCUCCCUUUCUGCGUUUGCAUUUCAAACGAACAUUCUUGCCUCCCCGCUUGCUACUCCAUCUUGUGCCUCAGCGCGUCAGGUCGCUCUAUUGUUCCCUUAGUCACUCGGUCUCGUCUCCACUCAACAAGCGAUAAACGCACAACAUUUCCCUCCCUAGUCUCUUCUUCUGCUUCUUCUUCCUCUUCGUCCUCCUCUUACUCUUCUUCCUCUGCUUCUUCUUCCUCUUCUUCCUCUUCCUCUUCUUCCUCUUCUUCCUCUUCUUCCUCUUCCUCUUCUUCCUCUGCUUCUUCUUCCUCUUCGUCCUCCUCUUCGUCCUCUUCUUCGUCCUCUUCUUCUUCCUCUUCGUCCUCUUCUUCUUCCUCUUCUUCCUCUUCCUCUUCUUCCUCUUCUUCGCUUUUUUCUUUCUGGGCUCAAAGUGCGACGCUUGCAGCCCGAGCUGUACAGACAGAGAGCGGCGGACCCUGCGCGUUGGCUGCGACGCAGUCGGAAGAGAAACGAGAGUCUCCGUUUUCCGGCUCCGAGACCGAUCGAACUGUCUCCGGGGACUCUCAGGACGACGCGUGGCCUGCCGCCUCAGCAGCCGCUCCGCAAUUCCCCGGGCGCACCUCGCGAGCGUUUUCCCCUGACUCGCGCGCGUCAGCGGAGUCUUCUUUCUGCGCUUCUCACCCGCAAGAAGAGGCGCCCGGAGGGCGCCGAGGCAAUCCCAACAUGCAGAGGAGCGAGGCGCGCGGCGAAGCCGAAGAAACACGCGACGGUCGAGGAUCCUUUGCACAGUCGCGCGAAGCCUGCUCACGCCGCGCAGAUGGGACACGCGCCCCGCCCUCCCAGCCGGGCGAGGACGCGAAGGAAGAGGAGCGACGAAACGGACAGAUUCGCCUGGAAAAAUGGUUGCAUGUGGACCAGCCGGAAGGCUACAUUCCCUGCGGCGGCUCAGUGCUUCUCCACCUCACUCUGAAUGUCCAGGAGACCAUCUUGGAGGCGCAGGAUCUCGUUUCUGCGGUUCUCGUGAUUCGCCUCGCGGACAGUGGCCAAGACAUGUUUUUCUCCCUCUCAACUUCUCUCCUGCCGUCGCUACUCGGCGCGUCACUGACGGAGUUGCAGGCGCUCGGGCCUCGAUCCAUUCGCGCAUGUCCGCCGGCACCGCUUUGCGUUUCGGCGUCGUCGAGUCGCAAAGAGAGUCCUCACGACGCCGGCGAGGAAGGGCCUUGCGGACCGCAAGCAGCUGUAGCGGCGGGGGACGACCGGAGAGGUGGGAGGAAACGGCCGAAGGAAAUCUCCCGAGACACCCGCGAAACGGAACGAAAGACGCCCCUCCCGAAGGAAGCUUGGUGGCUGCUGGUGUACAUCUACGACCGCCUACAAGAAUGGACAAAAGGAAAGAAAAACAGACGCAGGAACGCUCCGCAACCAAGUCGUUCUUCCUCGCUGUCCUCUUCCUCGUUAGCCUCUUCGGUGUUUGAAUCGGAAAGAAGUCCCGGGAGUUUGCGACGCUUCGACUUGGCGCGUUUCCUCUCGAGCCCCAGCAGCGUCUCGCUGCUUCGCCCGGCUUAUCUUCGGGGAAACACGGCCUUCUUCCGGCGUGAAGCGGAGGAAGAUCGCGAGCGAUUUCGAUGCGGCUGCCGGGCGUGCACCGCUCGCCAAGGGAAGGCGGAGUGUAUGGACACAGUGCGCGCCGCAGCGGGUGGGGAUCACUCGGAGAAAGAAAGAGGCUCGGAGGACGAGGAGGCAGGCCAAACCGAGCACGCGAGUGGAAACAAAUAUGAAAAACGACAAAACGCGGACGCUCUCUCUACUCCAAAUGGAGAUGCACUUCCCUCGCCUUGCAAUGCGUCGGGUUCGGCCAACAGCGAAGAGAGAAGAGAAAUCAAGUUGCGAGAAGAAACCGAACUAGUACGCAUGUGCAUCGAGAGCGGCGUCGCGAUCCCUCCAACCGUCUCCGUGGAUGCAGCUCUCACGGUUCUUGCGAAUUGGGGAUCGACCGUGGUGAUUGUACCACCCGAGUUUGCCGUUCGAGAAGUGGAGGAAGACGCACUUCACGUUCUCUGUCGGGCGAUGCUUCUCAGCUUACCGACCGUUCAAAGGGCCGCUCGGCCGCAGGAAAGGGAAACCGAAGGCAGAAAAAAGGAACGGAUACACGAGCAGGAAGAGGAAGAAAAAAGAGCAGGAGAGCGAGAAGAAAGAGAGGCAGACGGAGAGGAAGAAAGAGGGGAAGAAGGAGAGGAAGAAAGAGAGGAGAGAGAAAUCGAUGGCUUUCUUUUGCACGCACUGAUUGCUUGGUUGGGGAGAUGGCUGACUCCUGAGUCGCCUCCACAAGUGGCGUCUCUCGUUCUGGAACAUUUUUUGCGUUAG